CAAAAACGUAAACGAAAGAGCCUCUCUUUCCUUUUUAGCGAAUCCCAUUUUUAUCUGUCUCUCUGCAACACAAACUCUUAUCAUCCAAAAUUAAAAACAGUAAAUCCUUUUUAAAAAAUUUAUUGGACAAAACUCCAAAAAACAAAAAAACAAAAGAGAGGAGAAAAGAGGACCUCUCACCCUCUUAAUAUAAACUUCAUCCUCUCCAAUCUCUCAGAUUCCAUUCUCGUUUUUUUUUCUUCUUCCACUUUUCCUUUUUCUUAAAACUUCGGAAUCAAGGAUCGUGGGUCGAUCGGUUCACAGAAUCCGAUCAAGACCCAUCUUUUCAUAUCCAAUCAACUUUUCCAUAAAGGAUGGAGAUGGAAUCAUGUAAGCUCUUCAUCGGUGGGAUCUCUUGGGAGACCACUGAAGAUCGUCUUCGCGAGUAUUUUCAGAGUUUCGGUGAGGUUUUGGAGGCUGUUAUCAUGAAGGAUCGUGUCACUGGUCGUGCUCGUGGGUUUGGUUUCCUUGUCUUUGCUGACCCUAGUGUCGCUGAGAGAGUUGUGUUGCUUAGACACGUCAUUGAUGGUAAAAUUGUUGAGGCGAAAAAGGCGGUUCCAAGAGAUGAUCAGGUAAUAUUGAACAGGAGUAACAGUAGUCUCCAGGGAUCACCUGGUCCAGCAACUAGCAAAAAGAUUUUUGUUGGAGGUUUGGCUUCAUCGGUGACAGAAGCUGAGUUCAAGAAGUAUUUUUCUCAGUUUGGGGUGAUUACUGACGUUGUGGUGAUGUAUGACCAUAGGACACAGCGACCGAGAGGCUUUGGGUUCAUCUCUUUUGAAUCAGAGGAGGCUGUAGAGAAAGUUUUGCAGAGGACGUUUCAUGAACUCAAUGGGAAGAUGGUGGAGGUCAAACUGGCUGUUCCUAAAGAAAUGGCUAUGAACCAAAUCAGGAACCAAAUGAAUGUAAAUAGCUUUGGUAAUAGUAGAAUCAGUGCGUUGCUGUUCAAUGAGUACAGCCAGAGUCCUAUCUCUGGUUAUGGAGUACAACCUGAAGUUAGGUACAGUCCAGGAGUAGGUAAUAGGGGUGGAUUCUCACCGUUUGGACAUGGAUAUGGAAUCGAGCUGAAUUUUGAGCCAGGCCAGACUCAGAGCUAUGGUUCUGGUUCCAAUGCAGGCUUUGGACGGCCCUUUAGCCCUGUGAGUCAUGGCAGGUACGGUAGUAACCAGAUUGAGUCUGGAGGAGCUGGUAUUGUGAACGGUUCUGUGCUAAAUGCAGCAGCCAAGAACUCUUUAUGGGGGAAUGGUGGUGGUCUAGGAUACAUGUCAAACUCUCCCAUAUCUAGAAGCAGCUUCAAUGGGAACUCUUCUUCACUAGGCAGCAUUGGGGAUAACUGGGGCCGUGCACGUAGUGGCUAUCGCAGUGAGGGAGGAGGUGUAGGAUUAGAAGCAAUGAGAGGGGUUCAUGUUGGUGGUUACAGCAGCGGCUCAAGCAGCUUGGAGGCAGACUCUUUGUACAGUGACUCGGCGUGGCUUUCUCUGCCUACAAAGGCAGAGGAGAGAUUGGGAAUGGGAGCUUUUGACUUCAUGUCUAAAGGACCAGCUGGUUACAUCAACAGGCAACCAAACGGAGAGAAACCUGAAACAAUCGAAAAAGGGGGAAAAAUGGCAGGAAGAUUGAGCGGUGUAGCCUCACGAAUCAUGGGCGGAAACGGCGUCGUUUCCCGAUCUAACGCCUCUUCUCUCCGCCAACGCGCCGGCAUGGGUCUCCCCGUCGGCAAACACAUCGUCCCCGAUAAGCCGCUAUCGGUUAAUGACGAGCUGAUGUGGGACAACGGGACUGCUUUCCCAGAGCCUUGUAUUGAUCGAAUCGCUGAUACCGUCGGAAAGUAUGAAGCGUUGGGAUGGUUGUGUGGCGGUUUAGGGUUCUUUGCGGCUCUUGGUGGGCUCGCUGUUUUGAACGAUAAAGCGUCCAAGGUUCCUUUUACACCACGUGUGUAUCCGUAUGACAACCUGAGAGUGGAGCUUGGAGGAGAGCCAUAG